AUGGUGCAGAAAUCGCGCAACGGAGGCGUGUACCCGAGCGCGUCGGGCGAGAAGAAGCUCAAGGUGGGCUUCGUGGGUCUCGAUCCCGGCGCGCCGGACUCCACCCGCGACGGCGCGCUGCUCAUCGCCGGCCCCGAGGGCGGCAGCAAGCGCGGCUCCAUCCUCAGCAAGCCCCGCUCGGCCGUCUCCGGCAAGCCGCCCAAGAGGAACGCCUUCUACCGCAAGCUCCAGAAUUUCCUCUACAACGUGCUCGAGAGGCCCCGAGGCUGGGCGUUCAUUUACCACGCUUACGUGUGAGUAAAGGGAGCCGGCGGACGGGCGGGAGGUGGUGGUAGUGGUCUCAACUGGGGUGGGGGGUGGGGGCGGCCUCCUUAAGACCCACCACCGCUCCAGCCGCGUAGGACCACCUCUCCAUUCCAUCUCCGCUGCCUCCACAUCUCUUCUGACAAGCCGAAAGGCGCCCGCACCCCUUUAA